UACGGGUAUUGUUGUUACCCCAGCACGGUCAUACCUUGACGUGAGAUCAAAACAAUAAGUUUUAGUUGCGAAAUUAUUGUUAAAACCAGGCACAUAAAAAGGAGCUAAGAUGGGUCGCGCCGAAGUGGGUACGCCCAAGUACCUGGCCAACAAGAUGAAGUCGAAGGGCCUGCAGAAGCUGCGCUGGUACUGCCAGAUGUGCGAGAAGCAGUGUCGCGAUGAAAACGGCUUCAAGUGCCACACGAUGAGCGAGUCCCACCAGCGCCAGUUGCUCCUCUUUGCGGACAAUCCUGGCAAAUUCCUACACAGCUUCAGCAAGGAGUUCUCCGACGGCUACAUGGAGCUGCUGCGCCGCCGAUUCGGCACGAAGCGAACCAGCGCCAACAAGAUCUACCAGGAGUACAUUGCCCACAAGGAGCACAUCCACAUGAACGCCACGCGGUGGCUCACCCUCUCCGACUACGUGAAGUGGCUGGGCCGGACUGGGCAAGUGAUAGCGGAUGAGACGGAGAAGGGCUGGUUUGUCAGCUACAUCGAUCGCAGUCCAGAAGCCAUGGAACGGCAGGCGAAGGCUGAUCGCAAGGAGAAGAUGGAGAAGGACGACGAGGAGCGGAUGGCCGACUUCAUUGAGCAGCAGAUUAAAAAGGCCAAGGCCAAGGACGGCGAGGAGGAAGAAGGCCAGGAGAAGUUCACCGAGCUAAAGCGCGAGGAGAACGAACCACUCAAGCUUGAUAUUCGCCUUGAGAAAAAGUUCCAGCCCGACACUGUGCUAGGGAAAUCCGCUCUAGCCAAGCGACCUGCCUCUGAAGCCGAAGAAAAGGUGUUCAAGAAACCCAAAUCCGUAGCUGGAGACAGCCAAACGCGGUCGGUGCUGGACGAGAUCAUCAAGCAGGAGGAAGGCAAAAAGGAGCGUGCCAACCGCAAGGACUACUGGCUGCACAAGGGUAUCGUGGUCAAAUUUAUUUCCAAAUCCAUGGGCGACAAGUUCUUCAAACAAAAAGCGGUUGUCCAAGAUGUAAUUGACAGAUAUCAGGGCAAAAUCAAGUUCUUGGACACCGGGGAAAAGCUAAAAGUGGAUCAAGCUCACUUGGAGACGGUAAUCCCUGCUUUGGACAAGCCUGUCAUGGUGGUUAAUGGCGCUUAUCGCGGAUCCGAGGCUCUGCUAAGGAAACUGGACGAGCGCAGAUAUUCAGUCAGCGUGGAAAUAUUGCACGGUCCUCUCAAAGGCAGAAUUGUAGACAACGUGCAAUACGAAGAUAUAUCUAAACUGCAUGGCGCCUAGCUGCGCUUUUCUAAGUUAAGUUCUAUAGUUGUACCUUUUUAAGCUAAUUUGAAAUAUAUGUAAGUGGAAACUUUGUUUGACCAUUUCGGAGAAAGGCUGAACGCGAACUAGACAAAAAUCUGCACAUAAUAAGUUCGUAACUUAAACUUGGCCUGCUCAGCAUUUGGGUUAAUAAAACAUGACUUUUUAAUGGAAA